AUGUAUGAGAACACUGAUGGAUUGGAGCCCCCCCGGAGGGAACCCUCCACCUCCCACAAUGACAAGAGGCAGCCAGACGGCAUCCAGAAGUGGCUUCCUCACCAUACUGCGAUCUGUCUGCUGUUGUGUCUUGUUUUGUUGACAGUCAUCAUUGUCCUCAUUGUGAGAUACAUCCCGCUGUCCAGCAAUCACAAGCAACCAGAGGCCACCUACCAUAUAUUGGAGAACAAUGUGACUGAGACUCCCAGGAGUGAAGAAGAGUUCCUGGAACCAUUGAGAAGAGAGAUGUCAACUACCAAGACUGAGCUGAAUGAGACCCGUGUUGAACUGGAAAAGGCACUACAAGAAAUUAUGGACUUGAAAAACCUUCUACUGAGCUGCCAGCAGGAAGAUCCAAUUGCUACAACCGAUAGACCGACAACAGAGGAGAUGUCAAAGCACACAAGAUCAGGGAUGGACCAGCGAGAGAGAGAGUUCUGCCCUGAAGGAUGGGUCCUCUUCAAAAAGACAUGUCUUUGGAUUUCCACCGAGCAAAACACUUGGAGAAACAGUACAAAAUAUUGUGAAGAGAGAGAUUCCAACCUGAUCAUUGUGCCGUGGAAUGACACGGCUCUCCAGCACUUCCUGGCAGGAGAACAAGGAGGAUUCUGGGUUGGAAAGGAAUUGACCUGGAGGUGGCCAGAAGAAUGGAGAUGGCCCGGGGGUUAUGGAGCCACAUCGAACGAUCGCUGCUGGGCGCUGAUCGGUGGAACUCUGCAAAGUGUGACCUGCUCGGAUAAUCAUAGAUGGAUCUGUGAGAGGAAUAUUGUUCUAACUUCAUAUAAAGGCUCCUCUUAUAGCAAUCUGGAAUUCAGCCUGUGGAGGGCGAACUUCUCUUGUUACAGAAAAUCAAGCUGAACAAUGGAGGGAAAUAUGCAUAUAAAACAUGUGAUAAUUACUA